AUGCCAUUCAUUUCUCUGUUAAAGGAGAGCUUUGCUACUGCGCCCAUUGAGAACAGACAAGCUGUUGUCGACAAACUGGCGGCUGCCAACACGGAAGAUGCUCAUUACUAUAAGGGAUUGGUGUUAUUGCAAAAGAUCUAUGAGAAGGUCAUGAAGCAUGAUGAACCAGUAACACCACGCCAAGCGACAGACGAGGAAAAGGAACUCUCAAAGCAGAUGAAGGAUCUUCUCGACAAGUUUAGCAAUCACAGCCAGCGCUUCAAGGAGCUUACAACUCGGUUUUAUCUCUUGAUUUACCCAUUCGAGACAAGUACAUCCAUCGAAUUCAUCAAGAAGGGUCUUCAUCUUGAAUCGCUUGAUAUCCAAAAGCCAGCAGCCACUCAAGAGCAAGAUAGCCUUCCCACGACAGCACCGGUCUCCAACAAAUCAACUGCGCCAUCCAAGCUUGAUUCAGCACUGAUUGAUGGUGAAAACUUGAUCAAGCAGAGCUUCAAAGAGUUCUCCUCCUCCACAGAUGGCUACUCUGUCCUUGAUCUCGAGACCUUGUCCUUGCCUUAUGUCGCCGGCGAUACCAGCCUCUGGCAAUCCUUGUCUCAACGUGAGCAAGUGGCCCUGCUGAAAAAGCUUGUAAAUACGCCUUCGGAAAGGGCCUUUGGUUCCGAUGUCAUGCAACGCCUGGCUACAUUAUGGAAAGAGCAACCAGAUGACUCCAACUGGGAACUGGAAUACCUGCCAUUUUACAACUUUACCUUGGAUCAACUGGAUCAACUCGUACAAGAGAUUCCCAAUAUUGUGUUUUUGCAUGAAUCCUUUGUCAAUGCCUAUGUCGAAAAGCUGAUCCCUGCUGAAUACCGCUCUGUCGACUCGAUCUCUUUCUGGGAUGAUGAUGCCAAUGUCUUGAAUGGCUAUUUAAGCCGCUUGGAUACAUUUGCUGAAAAGUUACCAAGCAUCUAUUUUAAUGUGAACGCCGCAAUCAAGUUUCACAAGCUACGUAUUGAUAUUGUUAGACAAGACUAUUCUGAGGAGCGCCUUUUAAACUAUUUGUCUAUUUCAUCCAACAACAACAAUAACAAUGCCCAAGUACUAUCCCCCGUUCCCUCUCGCUCAGGUGCAUUUGGAUUCACUGAUGCUCGCGACAACACUUCUUCCUUUGACAAUGUAAAUACGUCAAUAUCAUUGCCAUUGCUCGGUUCGUGUGUUAUUUCUGAUUCGGAUAAACGCUUGGUCGUCCAAGAAUAUUUGACAGGCUUGGUGGCACAUGGGAAAUUAGCUGCUUCUAUGGAAACGCUCGGUGCUUAUUUGGAUUACCAUAAUGUGUUGAAGCCCAUGUUUGCCGAGAUCAUGCUAACCACGCCUUUAGCAGGAACUACCAAUCUAGAGUCGUGGGCUAAAACACUCGGUACUCGUGCUUAUGAAGUGUUAGUCGCCAAGUCGUUUGUAUCAUUCGCCUCGUCUACCAUAAACGCCUCUAUCAAACGAAAGCCCUCUGACGCUGUCAAGCUCCAAAUCAAGACCAAGAACAUUCCUCGUCUUGCUAUUCGCGUAUUCCAAAUCGACACGGAAAACUACUGGCGUAUUCACUUGGAGGACGAUGACUCUGCCUCUGCCAAUAGCAACAUCAAUCUGGAUGGUCUCUGCCCUACUUUUGAAAAGGAUUUGGACUAUUCUUCUGAGCCAGCUCUUCUUGUUAAAACGAGUGAAUUUGUGUUUGGUCAAGACGGUCUUGCUUCUGAUGUCUUUGAAGGUCGAGGCCUCUGGGUAGUUGAGUUUGUGGGUGGUCAAAAUCAAUGUCGAGUGAUUGUGCAAAAGGGCUACCUAAGACAUGUCAUGCAAGAGACUCCAGCUGGGCAUGUAGCCAGAAUCAUCAGUGAAGAUGGACACAUUGUGGACAAGGCAAAGAUUUGGUACAAUAACCAAUACUACGAGGCUGAUGGCGCGAGCAAUAUUUUGAUCCCUUACUUGUCUCCUGAUGGCUAUUCCAAGAUGAGCAAGGUCAUUUUGAUUUCCGAGACUGACAAUUUCUGCGAGCCAGCUAGUUUCUACCACCAUAUCGAGCAGUACUCGUUGGAGGCUAGUUUCUACGUCAAUCCCGAAAUGGUCAAUGUCAGUAAGAAGGCUACCGUAGUAGUGGUUCCCAAGCUGACUCUUAACGGCCUUACUGUUCCUUUGAGCUUGUUACAAGAAAAGUUGGUGUUGAAUGUGAACUGUACCAAUGCAAGCGAUGUCAAGACCAGUUCCGUCUGUCAAAACAUUGACUUCAACCCGAGCUAUAUUUGCUUUGAUUUUAUUGUGCCUGAGCAAUUGACAUCCGUUGAAUUUCACCUCAGGGGAAAAAUCAAGGGCGUUGACGGUACACAGCAUGAAGUUGAUGCCAACCGCACCAUCUCUAUCAAUGCUGCAUCCAAUAGCAGUGGCGUUCCAUCCAGCAUUCAGCUUCAAAGAACAAGCGAUGGCUAUUUCAUCCAUGUCUUUGGCAAGAACGGCGAAGUCAAGAAGGAUUUCGAGGUGUCUCUUCGUUUCAAACACGCUUUUGUCAACCGCAACAUUGAGGUUCUUCUGAAGACAGAUCAGCAAGGCGUGGUUGAAUUAGGCGAGCUAAAAGACAUUCAAUGGUUUGAUUAUAACAGCUCUUAUUCCGCCUACAAGCAAUGGGUCUUAAGAGACGACGCGAAAUCAAGCUUGCCUCCUGCCAUUUGCAUCCCUGCUGGCAAGGAUGUCAAGAUUGCUUGUCCUACUCACCUUCCUCAAUCGCUCUAUUCACUGUACACAACUGGUGUUCGAUCAAUCCUCGUCAGGGAUGUCUCUAGCAAGAUUCAACUGGAAGAUGGCUACAUUACUGUUUCUGGCUUACCUGAGGGCGAAUAUAUGCUCCACAUUCCCUCCUCUUCUGGCAGCAUGGACUACAUUGAAUGUACUGUUAUUCAAGAUCAGGUUGAUAGCGCCCAGCAAGCUUUAUGGUCUAACUGGCUCUUUGGUGAGACCAAGCGUGGCAAGCAGAAUGGAUCUGUCUUGAAAAAGCCUUUGGCUAUUUCCAGCACAUCUGUGUCUGAUGAGUCCAUUCAACUGCAAGUCGAAAACGGCUCUUCGUCCAAGGCAUUUGUCGUAGUGACUACCAGCGCCUUUAUUCCCUCCUCUAAUGAUACCCUCAUGAGCCAGCUCUUUGACAAGCGUUCGCUUACUCGCCCCAUUUCGCAGCAAGACGAAUCUAUCAGCACAUGCUCUGUCUUUUUAACAGACAAGCGUAUCGGUGAAGAAUAUCAGUACAUCUUGAAUCGCUCCAGAGCAGAGAAGUGGGUUGGCAGUAAUCUCACCAAGCCAUCCUUGCUCAUGUAUCCCAAGAAAAAUGCAAGCACGGCGUCUACUGCUAGACAUCUUGAACGUGAUGUGGACCUUGAUAAUGCACAAAUGAGCAAGAAGAAGAGGAUGAUGAAUCAGGCGAUGUUUGGUGCUCAAAGAUACGCAUUGGGUGCUAAUUGCGAUAUGCUCAUGUCGAGUGUGGGUGAGACAAUGGAUUCUAGCCUGGCCUUCUUGGAUCAUCAAUCACCUAUCCUGGUAUUCCCUGUGCCUGAAGGUGGUGUCCUUACUAUUGACCGUCAGUCGCUUGGCCAUGGUGGCAAGUUCUUGCAGGCUGUUGUCAUUUCAGGUGAGCAAACUGCCUAUCAACAGACUGUCAUUGAGAACGAUGGCAGCUUGAAACGCAAAGACCUCUGUCAAAGCGAGGUUAGUAACAAGGCGCUAAUCCGCUCCAAGGUCAUCUCCAACGUGCUUCCCAACGAUACUUUGACGCUGAAUACCCAUGAAUACGAGACCAUUGACAGCUUUGAAAAAUUGUUUGAUACCAUCAAGACCGUUUCUCGCGUUGGCGAGGAUUUUGCUCAAAAGUUUGGCUUCCUCAAAACAUGGCCAGGUCUUAACUUGAGUAGUAAAUUGGAACUGCACGAUGAACAUGUUUGUCAUGAACUCAACUUGUGGCUCAAGAAGAAGGAUGUCGCCUUCUUUGAUGCGCAUGUCAAGCCUGCCAUUCAAAGCAAGAUUCAAAAGUCGUUUAUGGAUUUGUAUUUGCUGGACCAAGACGUAUCUCUGUAUCAGCGUGAUCUCUACCGGUUCAGCCAGCUCAGCACAGUGGAAAAGGCUCUUUGCGCUACGACUCAAUCCAAGGAAUUUAUGCACACAGUUGCGCGAUUGUUCAAGGAGUCUUUUGACGAUAAAAAGCUGGAUAACAGAAGUGAUGCCAUCUUUGACUCCAUCCUGGCUCACAAUGCCGCUGUUUUGGCGGAAGAGCCUACGAGUGUUGUCACUGAAACUAUCGAGGUGUCUGCAUCAGAAUCUGCUCGACCAGCGCCUCCUGCCGACGCUUUUCUCUCUCGCUCAGCAGCUCCUCGCAUGCUCUCCUCUAUCGUAAGUGGUUCUGCUGCCGCUAUUAAUGUUGUGGGUUCUCAAUACAGCCCUGCCUCGCCUGCUUUUAGUCCAGCAGGAGCCUUUGGUGGUGCUUAUGUCGAUAAAGACGAGGACGAGGACGAUGAUGAAAUGGAAGAGGCUGACGAGGAAGUCGUCAAUCAGCUUAGAGAAAAGGCCAAGGAGCAACGCAAGAAGGUCACUUACAAGUACACUGAACCUACCAGCGAAUGGGUCGAGACAGGCUAUUUUUACCAAGACCAAGUUCCCUUGAAGCAAUUCUGGAUUGAUUACAUUGAACACCAUAUUCAAUGCAAAUCGGCUGAUGGCUAUUUCUUGUCUGAAAACUUCAUCUACUGCCUCGAUAGUCAAGCAGAGUUAUUCUAUGUAUUGACGUUGAUGGAUUUACCCUUUAGUUCUAGUGUGGACUGGAAUAUUGACGCAUCAGGCGACCAAGGAUUGGUGAUUUCCGCAUCAGCACAGCCUUUGAUGGUAUUCUAUCGCACAUUAACCGAGCACCAAGGCAGCUUUACUAGCAACAAUGACCACAAUUUGAUGCUGGGCCAAGAGAUCUUUGUCUACGAUCCUGCAGCAUCCAUCGACUCUGAGGAAUGCAUCAAGGUGAACCCGUCCUCUCAAGCAUUAGAAACCUCUGUGGAAUAUGGCUCUCAUCUGAUUAUCAGCAAUGUCUCUUCCAAGCCUCUUACAUGCCAGGUCACUGUACAGGUCCCUACUGGAUCUGUGCCUACCCAAACAACUACCUAUUGCAAGUCCACCACGAUCCGUAUCGAGCCCUACUCAACAUGGCACGAAGUUGUUGGUACAUUCUACUUUCCUAGUGCUGGUGGCUAUGCCAUUAUACCUGUUACUGUAUCCACAUCUUCGGGCGAUACACUCAUUGGCAUGAUGGAGGCCAUGCCCAUCCGUGUCGUGGAACCCUGCGCCGCCCAUUCUGCGGAUAACGCGGUCAACGAUGUUUCAUCCACCUCUCAAUCGUGGUCAGCCAUUGCAAACAACAGUUCGAAUGAACAGGUCGUUGCGUUCCUCAAUUCCUAUCGCAAAUUGGACAAGCUUGACUUUAGUUUGAUUUCUUGGAGAAUGGGCAGUCGAGAUUUCGCUCGCUCUGUAUUUGAUACGCUCAAGAGCCGCUAUUUCUUUGCGCAAGAUGUCUGGAAGUACGGCGUCUCUCAUCAGUUCCAUGAUAUCAUUGGUGAUUUGUUGUUGUUUCAUAGUAGCGAGCUGUUGAGCCAGGUUGGCCAGGUAUUCGAGUCUCCUCUGGUAGUCAGCAACGAGCUAGAACAACACGAGAUGUUGCUGUUUGACUAUUAUCCUCUCUUAAAUGCAAGGGCCCAUCCUCUGAAGCCUACACCAGAGAUCCUCAAUCGACAAUUCUAUCAACAAUACAACAAGUUCCUCGACUACUUGAGCCUCAAGACAAGUGCUCUUUCAGACGCUGAUCUCAUCAUAUUGACACUGUAUUUGCUCUUGCAAGAUCGCAUUGGUGAAGCACAAGCUACUUUUGCUCGCAUUCAAAACGAUACUAGCCCUACGCAUCAGGUGCAAUAUGAUUAUCUUGAUGCCUACUUGAAGACGCGUAUUCCUGUGACCUCAAACCAAGAGCAAAUGCAACAGCUAGAUCUUCAAUCAAUCAAAGACAUCGCCACCAAAUACAGAGAUUUUGGCGUUGCUAGAUGGCGUCAACUGUUCGCUCAUUUACACGAUUUUGUGUGCGAGGUAGAGCAAGGUUCUCUUGCCGUGUCUGACAAUGCUUCACAGAGCAAACGCAUCUUAUCUGAGCCCAUUCUCGAGUUUGAAGUUGAUCAGCGUCGCGAUGAGUUGAUUGUUCAAUACGCCAACAUCAGAUCAGUUGAUAUCAAAUACUACGACAUGAAUAUUGAGGUUAUGUUCUCCAACAACCCAUUCAUGAACAGCAGUACUGACAAGACAAGCGGUGAAAACUUCAACUGGAUUAAGCCAAGCUAUGCUGUUACCAUGGACUUGCCAGAGCAGAAGGCUGCUGCCUCUGAAGAGCAACAGCCUAAAGACGAAGACUUUGAUAUCAUUGGUGUAGGCCAAGUCAACACAUUGCAAACAGUCAAGAUUCCCUUCAGUGGAGGCAACAAGAAUGUCUUUGUCGAGAUGUCCAGUGGCUCUAUCAAAAGACGUCAGGCCUACUAUGCUAAUCGUCUGUACACUCAUCUCGCAGAAUCGUUUGGUGUGGUCCGUGUCAUGAGCGAGAAAUCCAAGCGUCCAUUGGCAGGCGUUUAUGUCAAGGUCUAUGCUCGUGUUAAACAGGGGGGCGCCAUCCACUUUUGGAAAGAUGGUUAUACUGGCCUCAAUGGUGUCUUUGAUUACAUUGGUGUAACUGAAGGCAAUCAGCUUACGGGAUCAAACGAAAAACUCAAGGAUCUCAUGAUAAACAAGUUGGAUAAACUGAGUAUCCUGAUUUUGAGUGCAGAGGAAGGUGCAACAGUGAAAGAAGCUUGUCCUCCCGACGCUGUAUUGUAA